AUUUUACAUAAAAUGGAUCAAAGCAAUUCCAUGGAUGUUGAUCCUAUUAGCACGCCGCGUGUUUCACGGUCUCAAGAAACGCCAAGACAUUAUACUCCUUCGUCGUUAUAUGCCACUACACAAUCUUAUUCUUCCGAUUUGUUUGUCCCCAGUAUUGUAAAUUCAUCCAUUGCCAGUUUGGAAACAAAUCUAAAUGAUGGGAUAUACUUUGGUAAUGAUAUAAUUCUAAAGUAUGCUGAAGUGUAUGAAAAUACACGGUCUCAGGAAGAUAUAACAGCUGUCCCUAAGACAUAUGAACAAAUGUGUGACGAAUAUUAUAAAACGUUUCGUGAAGAAAGUAGUGGAAUGUUCAAUUCUGAUCCCCGAGGAUAUCAGAUCUGGGAGGCUGAACGGAAUACGUGGAAUUUAUUAAAAUUAUUAUCACAAUAUCGAUUCACACCUAUAAAAAAUAUUGAUGAAGCAAGAAAACCAUUUCAAACGGAUGGGCAACUUUUAUGUGAGCUUCUCGCGAUCAAUAAGGAUUUUGCUGAGGCUUGGAUCGUACGUCAAUGGUUGUGGAAGAUAGCACCAGAAUUCAUUACUGUAGAAACAAAUCCUGAAUAUCGUGCUUUCACUAAAAAUGCAAUCCUAUUGAACCUUAAAAAAGGAGAUUCAGAAGAAUACAAGUACCUUGAUCCAGAUGGUGUUCACAGAACCCAACGAGCUUUAGAUUCUCUUGAUCAGGAACACGAAAAAGAGCUUGCGAGGUCUAUAUUUGAGUAUUUACGGAGAGGUCAGGUUGACGAUGCAAUGGAUAUUAGCGAUAAAAAUGGUCAUUUUUGGCGAACUGCCAGUAUGAGUGGGAUCAUAUUAUACAAUGAAAAAGUUGAUGAUGAUGUUAUAUCAACAAUUGGUAAUAUUAACCGGCAUAUAUGGCGUACAACGUGUUAUCAUUGUGCUAAUCAGGAAAACCUUUAUAUUUAUGAUCGAGCAAUUUAUGGUGUUCUUAGUGGAGAUUAUGAAAAUAUCAUUCCUGUUUGUCGGACCUGGGAAGAUCAUAUUUGGGCUUAUUAUCAUAGUCUUAUCGAGUGUCAGCAAGAUGAGUACUUUAGUAAGCAUGUUCGACAUAUGGGAGUUAAUGAAGACGACGAUUUACCUAUAAAUAUCAAAUCUACUACACCAAAUAAAAUUUUUGAAAUGGUGGAAUCAAAAAGAAUUGACAGAGAUCCUGAUAUUGAAAGGUUUCACAUCAUUCAAAAAUUGAUUAUUUUGAAUGAUUCAAAGGAAUUGGUUAAACAAUUAAAGGAGGAAUUAAUCGAUAAACGGCUAAGUCGUGAAGAUGAAACUGCAUAUUUUCAUUUCCUUCGCCUGGCAACGCAUUUGAUUUUGUAUUUACGUGAUUUGAUGCUUCCAACUCCUGACAAGGAAUCGGAUCAUAUUAUCAAAUUAUAUACUGAAUUAUUAAUAGAAUAUCGACAGAAUAAGCUUAUUGCAUUAUAUGCUUCAAAAUUACCUAGAGAUACAUCUAUUGAAAUUUAUGCCUUGUUUUUAAAAGAUGUAAUGGCAAGUUAUGCAGAGCGUCAUAAACUUUUCAUUCUGGCAGAACAGUAUGGUCUAAAUGUGAUCGCCAUUGCACGAAAAACUUUUGAUUUAAUAUUUCAAGAAAUUGAAACUGCGGAUAAGCAUGGUGCUGUUUUUGAUGUCAGAAUAAUUUCUUUGAAAGAACCUAUAAAACAGACCGAAAUAAUUCAAAUCCGUGCAUUGGAAUGGCUGACGUUUAACAAGGAGCAACAUCGUGAAGCCCUUAAAUUAGGAAAUACUUUAUGCAGAAGAUUUCUUG